AUGCUUCUGUAUGGCUACGACUCUCAGUUGAUAAAGAGCGAAUCCUUCCAAAAGAUCAGCGAUAUCUCACUUGGCCUGAUACACCAGCUCAAAUACGGCGGCUGGAGUCUCCCGUCAUCAAAACCAAUCGUCUUCCUGGCUCAUAGCCUGGGCGGUAUCGUGCUCAAGGACGCCAUCUUGCAGAUUGCAGGCCUCCAGCUCUAUGCGUCUAUCCUGGACAAGGUGAAGGGGGCAAUCAUGUUCGGGGUCCCCAGCUUGGGAAUGCAUCAGUCGCAUCUGAUGAUGAUGACCGAAGGGCGGCCCAAUGAGAUUCUGGUUCAGGAUUUGUCACGCGACAAUGGGAGCGCAUACUUGCGUGAUCUCAAUACGCGAUUCGACGGUCUGGCCUUUCUGAAACGAGCUACUAUCUACUGGGCCUAUGAGACCAAGGAGUCCGUAACCGCAGCUGUAAGUAUCAAGGAACACACCCGUCCUCCCGUAAUUCCCUUGGUCUCAGCUAAUUAUUUCGCACAGCUGCAACCAGAUGGGACGUGGACGAAAAACGGACCCUCUGAGGUAUUAGUCAACCCCGACUCGGCAACUUCAUACCGUAAUACUAAGAACAAGAUCAUGACGAUUCCGAUUGAUAAGGAUCAUUCCGGCAUGGUCAAGUUCUCCAGCGGAGACAGAGAUCUGGAGACCAUCUUGCUUAUCCUCGCUGAGCUCUGUGACCAGCAGGACCAUAGAAGCGGGAUGCUCUCGGGGGUACAAGUUGAGGUAGAGACCGAAGAUACAGAGCUGAAAGUACACAAGCCCAUGUCGGCAAGUGAACAAGAAACUUUUCGACUGCUACGCAAGUAUCUGUCCCUCGAAAAUAGUAAGUAGAUUCCAACAAAAUGAUGGCACUUCUAAGUGAUGCUUGUGGCUAUUUAGAGAUGUACAACGAACUAUCUUCGCGAGAACUCCACACUCGCGUCGACCAGAUCGAAGAUCCCUACGAAAACACCUUCAGUUGGAUUUUCGAGCUGCCCUCUUUCUGCAACUGGCUCCAAGCCGGCUCAGGCCUAUUCUGGAUCAACGGCAAGCCAGGGUCGGGCAAAUCGACCCUGAUGAAGUACAUCUACCAGAGCCAGACGACGUGGCAACUAUUGCACAGCUGGACACGGAGCACGACAGAGGUCAAGGAGCUUCAAGCUGGGUUCUUCUUCCACUAUCGAGGGACGCCGCUGCAGAAAUCGUUCGAGGGGCUGUUGAGGAGCCUUAUCCUGCAGAUCUUUAACCAAAUGGACAGUUUUAGGAAGCGAUGGGGAGAGUUCGAGUCCAUCGACGAGCUGGAGACCAAGACACUCAAGGAGAUUGCAAAGUUGAGAAGGAUGAUGGACCUUCCAGACUUGGGGCCAAAGUCGAUGUCGCCACGACAAGUAGAAUCAAAGCUCAGGAAGGAAGAGGGGAACCUCUACAACUGCCGGACGACUCUGUCGCGGAUUCUUGCCGACUUUAGGCCGUUUCAGAACCUACCGACUACCCAGUAUCUCAUCCGGGUGGUCGCAGAGUAUCACAACUCUACAGAAGGGCUGAUCCCUCGCCUAGAGCGGACUCUCCGCCUCUUACUAUAUCAAGAUGUUGUCAAGAUGGAUGUUGUUUUAUUCUUCGAUGCUCUCGACGAGUACGACGGCCACACGGACAUGAUAAGUCAGUUCCUGCAUAACUUGGUGCAAGCGUCCACGUCAAAUGUUCGUGUAAAGAUAUGUUUCUCCAGCCGGCCUUGGAAGGCUCUGAUACAACAGUUCUCCGAUUCUCCCGGGCUGUCGCUGCAGGACCACACGCAGCAGGAUAUUGAGAUAUACGCCGCUGGGAGACUAGGCGGCUCUACGGAUCCAACGGGCGACAUUCUCUCUCUCGUACCCGUGAUUGUCGCGAAAGCAAGCGGCGUCUUCGUCUGGGUCCGACUUGCGGUAACCGAAAUCAUCAACGUCUGUGCCAACGAGGACAGCAGCCACUCCACCAAAGACAUGGAGAAGCUACUGCUCGAGCUCCCCGACGACCUCCACUCCUUCUACGAGCUCAUCGUGGAGCGGAUCGCGGUGACCCACCGCCGAAAGACCUUUGCGCUCCUGGAACUCAUCAUCCGUCAGGACAACCCCCAAACCGUCCGUGCCAUAUGGCUAGCCGUGCAGAUAUCGAGAUCUGUCACGCUAGAAACUGCCAUCGGCCACUUAGAAGUCCACUCCCAGAUCUUUUUCAGAGGGGAAUACACGAGCGACAUGCAAUCGGACAUUUUGGCAUGGGGGGGCGGCCUAGUCGAAAUUCAAGGCAAUCAGGUCCAGCUGAUGCACCAAACGGUUCUAGAGUUUGUGCUGAGCGUGUCGUUUAAGCGCGCAGUGCUGGGCAACCUGGCUACCGUAGUGGCGGAGAAUGGGCAUUCGUAUCAUGUGAAGUACCUGAUUGCGACGGAUGUUAAAAACAUUCGGUAUUCUCAGUACAUGCCCCCGGAGAACUCUACACAGUACCAUUCUCAGCAGUCGGAGCUCACGACUGGGCAGAGCCAGCUUCCCUUUCUUGAAAGUGUGCCGCAGGACGAGUUAUACAUCCUGGCGACCAAAACAAAUUAUUUUCCACCUCACCCAGACGUCCCUUCGAUUCCUGUCUAUGCUUCAUUCCAUGGCUUAGCCCUUUGUCUCAAGAGGUGGCUAGAGAAGAACCCUGGCGCCUUAGGUAAUAUUCCCGCCGAGGUAUCCUACUGUCCUCUAUUGUAUAACCUCUUCUUUGCAGGGGGUCAAGAGAGGUUCCAAGAACGAUACAUGGAAAUGGCCAAACUACUACUAGAUAACGGCUUCGACCCCAACCGAGACCGAGACUUCUUCCACGCGCUUGUCACCCGGAUAUGGGAUCUGAGUGUGGAAGCAGACGAGGUUGGAGACCGAAUUCCGUUGUCAGCACUCUGCCAAUUGGUGGAGUUGGUCUUGAGUCACGGGCAAGAUCCCAACAUCUUUAAGAGAUUCGGCGCCAGGGGCGAGACGACAGCACUCGCGACGGCCCCUCCUGUGCUGGCAGCUGAAUUGAUUCGGCACGGGGCGGAUCCAAAUUGCUACAAAACAGCCGGUGACUCGCCCCUGAGCUGGGUUAUGAGGCCAGAGUAUAUCCUGACGUCAACGACGAGCAUAGGGAGCGCGGACGAGUGGAGGUACCAAGUAAUCGGGAUCCUACUCAAGGCCGGAGCAAACAUCAGACCUGAUGAUCGCCCGACGAUGAGAAUGUGGGUGGAUAAAUUUCACCACGAGGGCUACGACGUGGGGUCACUGCUGGAGAUCUGUGCAGCUCGAGGUUGCCAGGUCUCCCUAAGAAAUACAGCACCACAGCAAUUCGGACCUUUGCCCCCAAGAGAAACAUACGCGCCACCUAUAUCAUUUCAAGGAGGCAGAGAAGAAGGGCGGGGUAGGAGGGGGGAAGGGCUACAUAUGCCGACUGAAAGCGAAUCAGAGAGACAAUCGAUGCAGCUCGCGUCCCUACAACUGACGGCUGCACGAGAGAAUCUACGUGUGGAGCGAGCGUCUCUACAAGGGAGUCUAGGCGGCGAGAGAGAAGAGAAGAAGAAAGGUCUCCGUCACAAGGCCAAGAGGCUGCUACGUUGGAGAUGA